GAUAAUAGCGACACUAACUGCUUGCGCCGCCAGCAUACCGAAGAAUGUGCAGGCGCACGGAUCUGAUACAAAGCGGAGGCAAAUUUAGAGACGAAAAUUGCGACGGCAACCGCCGGAUUCCUAAACUUACGAAUUUCUUCCUUAACCUACGACAGUUACCCGAUUAAAUUUCUACUGAACACCUCCCAUCUUCAACUUCUCUGGAUGCCCGCCGGAAUCCCAUCCCCCUGAUUCUCGAAACCCUAGUUCCUGCGUUCUUUGAUCUUCUGAGCUCUUUUCGUAAGUUACCGCCUUUCUAUUCUGGUUUUCAGCUUCUCUUUCGCUUGGAUGUCAUUUGUUUACCGGUUCAUCGCUGGAUUCCUGUUUCGAUUUCUGCUUCGGGUCGUUAAAGAGAUGAUUGAGCUUGGCUCGAGUUACCAGAGGGAGAGGUGCAUUUUUUUUUAAAUGUUUGAUGUUUCUGUAUGGUUUUGUAACAGGUGAAAGAGCAAAGGACAGAAGGAACUAAGAGGAAGGCACUUCUUGAGUUCUCUUGUUUGCAGUGAUGAAAACUCGUCGGAAGCGUGCAGCCCCGAAGGCGAGGGCCAAGAGUGUGCAGAAGAAGAAAGCUCCUGCUGCAGCUCCUCCAAUUCCAACCCCCGCUUCUCCAGAAGAUCGUACUGGCAUAGAGACUCUUGCUGCGGCCACAGAGGCUUUUGCUGCUGCCGCUGCCGCUGCUCCACCCCCUCCGACUGCUUCUGGGGGACUUAACGCUACUAAGAAGGCAUUCUUGAACCUUGUCGGCCAGAUUGCCCAAGAAAGCAUUCGACCGGAGAAAACUAGUGAUGUCGGCCACCAUGGAAUCCGUUCUCGCAAUCGUUUUAGUUCAUCUCCUUCUUCAUCAUCAAGUGGAGAUGACAACUCUUUCCGUGUUCAUGGUGGUAAUAGUGGCAUGGUGGAGCAAGGGAUUGACUGGAGGGGUGAUAUGUCAGGGCGCAAGCACGGUGGACCUACAAAAGGUUAUGCCGUGCAUAUUGGUAGUAGUUUGCAGGUUACAUCAUUGAGUGGGUUGCAUCCUUGGAGCAGUAAAGACAGAAGAUCGAAAAAGUCAUGCCAUGAUCCCCGAUACAAUGACAAAGAACUAAAUAUUUGCUUAGGAGUGAUUAAGAAGAUUAUGGAUAUGGAUGAAGCUGCAUCAUUUAGCGCUCCUGUUGACCCUGUUCCCUUGGGAUUUGCUAAUCGUAUUGAUAUACCUAUGGAUUUUGGAACAAUAUGUAGCAAUCUUCAGAAUGGUUUCAAGUACCUAAAUUCUGAUGAUGUAUACAAGGACGUCGAAUGCAUUUGGGCACAUUGUUUGAAGUAUAACAAGAAAGGUGAUUAUAUUGUGUACCUUAUGAAGAGAGUGAAGAAAAAGUUUCUGAAAUACUGGACAUCAGCCGGCCUGCGUACUGAAAUGCAAAAGCCUACUGGGCAACAUGAGUUUUUGACUAGUAAUGGUCACAUGAUGGGUCACGUCAGUAUCAGCCCAUCAAGCUAUGAUCACCAGGCUCUGGUCAAACCAUCAAGCUAUAGUCACCAUGCCCAGGUGCCUCCUUCAAGCUAUAAUCAGCAUAUGCCUCCAUCAAGCUAUAGUUACCGGACUCAGGUGCCUCCAUCAAGCUACGACCACCACUCUCAGGUGCCUCCAUCAAUCUACGACCACCACUCUCAGUCUCAGGUGCAUCCAUCAAGCUACAGCCACCAGGCUCAUGUGCCUCCAUCAAGCUAUCGUCACCUGGCUCACAUCCGUCCAUCAAGCUACAGUCACCAGGCUGAGUUGCCUCCAUCAAGCUACAGUCACCAGGCUGAGUUCCCUCCAUCAAGCUACAACCACCAGACUGAGGUGCCUCCAUCCAGCUACAACCACCAGUCACCAGCUCACCUUCCAUCAAGCUACAGCCACCAGUCACUAGCUCAGGUGCAUCCAUCAGGCUACAGUCACCAGGCUCAGGGGACUCCAUCAAGCUUCAACCACCAUGAUCAGGUGCCUCCAUCAAGCUUAAACCAAAAGACUCAUGUGCCUCCAUCAAAUUAUGAUAACCAGGCUGAGGUGCCUCCAUCAAGCUCCAACCACCAGGCUCGGGUGCCUACAUCAAGCUACAGCCACGAGGUUCAGGAGCCUCUAUCAAGCUACAACCACCACUCUCAGCUGCAUCUAUCAAGCUACAGUCAGCAGGCUCAGGUGCCUCCAUCAAGCUACAAUCACCAUUCUCAGUUGCCUCAACUUCAGCCAACCACCAAUGACUCACUAAAAUUGCCAGAGCUGCAACCUAGAAUCAAUGGAGAGGAUGCAGGAUCUCUGGAUUCACCCUUUGUGGACUCUGUUAGGAAGCGAAAGAAAGAUUCAGCUCGGGAUCCUAUCAUGGCUAAGUCAAGCCAUUCUAAGCAUCAACCAAAGUCAACCCUACAUUAUCUGAGACGUCGCGAUAAAAGUCCUAGUCAGCGACAGCAAUCUAUGUCUCUUGUUCAAGAGAAUGACGUUGCAAGACCUCCAGUUGAGCUGCUUGGUAGGAGUGAUUUGGGGCAAAAUGGACUUGCGUCCACAGAUGCAGUUAUCCCCAUAGAGACUAACCAGAGCCAACUUCAACCACAACAACCUCCGGUUGGUUAUAGUCAUGAACAUGUGUCACAGAUACCCAAUGGAAAUAUUGGACAGCCACAGCACUCUGAGUGGUUUGCUUCUGCUUCACAUGCAGGAGAUGUGAAUGGCUUGGAGAGGGGCGGGAGACAGGACGAAGGGUGUUCUAAUAAUUGUCCGUUGGAAACUGCAACCCCCUCCUUCCAGCAAUCCCCAUCCCAGCACUAUGAAGACCACAGCAGCCCAGGCAGUCUGAAACAGGCUGUACCUAGGUUAGGGAAGCGAAAACGGGAUCUGCCAUAUCGUCGCGCUGCAUGGGAUACCCCUGACGGUAGCAAAAUGGUUGUUCCCCUCAAUGAUUUGGGACAAGCAUUUGGCCCUGAAGGAAGAAAAUUGGCUUCCUUUCUGGGAACCUUGGUACGGGAUGGUAACUUGGCUCCUGUUACCCUCGUGCACUGGUCUAGAGUGCCAAAGGAGAACAAAGAAACCAUGUGGCUGAUGGUUCAGGCAAAGUUUGAGAUUGAUCCAGUACUGGGGAAAUCAUGGGUGAUGAAGUCUCUUUCUACGAAAUGGAGGAACUGGAAAGCAGCGUUGAAGGCAGAUUAUUUCUCAUACAAGACUGAUGAGGAGCGUAUGAGGAAUCUUGACAAGAGAGUGCUUCCCGAUCAAUGGCCAGUUCUCAUAUCCUAUUGGAACAAGGAAGAAGUACAGUUGUAUGCUGCUAGGCAGAAGGCCAAUCGUGCUAAUCUUAAAGGUGGACACACCUCUGGUUCAAAGAGUUAUGCGACCUUAAGAGAGGAAGAGCGUGCGAAAAGGGCUGAUGGGAAAGCCCCUACUAGGGCAGAGUUGUAUGUGCUGACCCAUACACGAAAGGAUGGAAAUCCUGUCAGUGAAAAGGCCGCAGAAGUAAUUGCAAAAUUGCAGGAAAAAGCUUCUGAGAAGCAACAGGAAUCAGAAGCCAGUGAUAGCUCUCGUGACACAUUCUGUGAAGUAAUGGGUGAAGAAAAGAACAGCCAUGUGCGCAUGUGUGGUCUGGGACCUACCCCUAACACUCUAUUUGGCCGGAAGUGUGGCCAUAUCCAGUUUGCAAAGAUGGCCAUGGAUGCCAAGAAGCAAGCAGACGAUGAAGCAAACAAGGUUUAUCAAAAAGUGGAGGUAAUUGAGCAAAAGUACAAUUGCAUGGAAGCUCAGAUUGCUAGGAUGAACGCGAACAUGGAGCUUAUGCUCGGGAAGAUGGGUGUACCACCUGUAACGUCAAUAUCGGCACGCUCAGACCAGGUUGACAAGCACACAGCUGCUCGGCAGAAUCCACAUCAGGCAGAAAAACCGUCAUCAUCAUCAUCAUCAUCGAGUCAUGGAGCUGAUCAGGUCCUGAUAUCUUGUUCCUGAGUUUCCACUUCUGCUUAAAUUCUACUCUUUCAAAAAAAAUUUACGCAUAGCCUUUUUUCUGUGGAUCUUACAAGUUGAACUGCAUGGGUGUGUGCUCUCUAGUCUCUAGACUCUUAAGCAUCAUAUAAUUUCACAGUAUCUAAGCCCACUUGGACGAAAAUCAGCUGUUGCUGCUACCAGUAUUUCUCCUAUGCUUCCUUAGUUUGGAAAUUGUUUGCAAUGCAGGUCAUUCACAGACAGGCAAAUUCUAGUACGAGCCAAGUACCGAGUACCGGCUUCUUUGUAAUGAUGCAGUGAUCUACUGCACCACUAUCUAUUGACUGAUUGAGACUGACUGUAUUUCGUGUUAUUGCUAGGCUCGGUGGGAUCUCCCCAAGGUUUGGGAAAUGUAAACUGGUGGAAGCCCCAGACGAAGGUUUGGACGCAGUUGCCUCCACUGGUAAUUGAUUGUUUAUUCAAAGGAACUGGUACACCUGAUUCAAGUAGUUAGUUUGUACCGCAAGUUACGCGUGGUGUGAUCUAUGUAAUCGUUUAUGUAGUAUUGGGAUAGAAGGUAGAAGAGGAAAUUGUGUUUGUCAAUGUAGGAUCCAAGCCCCAUGGUACUUUGCUGCCAAGUGAGAUAGAGCCAACCAUUGAAGGGAAACAAGGAAAGGCAUUCUGUUUAUACCUAAUUUGUUUGCUUUUGAUGGUUGAUUUUGCAUCUUCCUACUUCAUGGUACUCUUACUCAGUGUUAGUUUUCUCAGAUUUGAUAGAGCACACAAUACUAUAUAGUGAAAACAUGUGUGUGAGUGUUUGUAAGCCAUUCCCUUGAGCCUAUCUAAAUGCUCACAAGGUUUAGGCGAUUCACGACGUGACAUUCAGGUACUUCAUUUUUUGGUAAUUUUUGGAGACUUGCGGUUUAAUUAUUCUAAUAAUAAUUGUGACAAACA